CUCGUGGGAUUUUGAUAAAGCAAGGGGCCACCUUAUGGUCAUUCAGCGACAAGAUGAAACGGAUGAAGUUUAUUGACAAGGAAUCGUUGUGGCAAAUAAUCCUAAGAGAUACCUCUAAAUCCUCAUCAUUGGUACAAGAAGUAUUAUUUUAUAAGAUGUAUAACUGGAAUACUCACGAACUCGAUGUUAUGGGCGAAACGGAUAUCAUUGUAAACACGAGAGAUGUGUGUUGUCCUGAUGCUUGUAUUCAACCGCAACAACGCCGACAACCUCCACAAAGGCAGGCAGUCAGUGCAAGGGCUAACUCAACUAUGGUCAUAGAAAUUGGUGGCACAGAGAGCUUAAACAGUUUGCAUGAACUGGCAACAGGAUAUUUUUCUCCACGCACCAAUAUUCAAAUAUCGCACAUUUGCAUUGCCCAAGCAAAUCCGACUGUACCUUAUAUCGCAAAGUCCUUUGGGACUGCAAAUCUCCAUAUCUCCACAACAAGGUUUCCUUUUAAUAUUCCGAAUUUUCCGGCUAACAAUAUUACUGGCGUUGGAUGUGGACAAGUUGCUUGCGAUGGUUCUACUGUAAUUUGCCAGACUCUCAACUCGCUAUUACUACCGACUUACUUUUUUUGA